UGUGUUUCCUGCUUGUUUAUUCAAGUUGGAUUUCAGUUUUGAGUGAAAUCUUUGAAUGAAUUUUUGCUUAAGGAAAAUAAUCUUUGGCAUAUGGAAAGAUUGCGGCAUGUAAACUUGGCGCCAUCGUUCUGUUAUCUAUUAUGAUGCCAGAGAUUGGUGGCUGUCUGUGAAAUCCAACGUUUUUCUUAUAAUUGAAAUAAAAGUUACUACGGUGGUAAUUAAACAUACAUUAUCAGUUUUUAUCAGGAAGGUGAAAUCAGUGUGUUAUCGGCGGUUUAUCUGACGGAAUUUGCGCUGCUCACCGCUUAAUAAGUUACUUUUUCCCCCUGCAGUUAAGCACGGCUUGGUUAAAUUUGAUUUUUUACUUUUUAUACAGUUGCAAGUGUAUUAUGCAAAAUUAGGUAACAUGGAGAAUCCUACCAUAGGGGAACAAUACAAUCUAAAGUGGAAUCUGCACGUUCCUAAUUUCAUUCACACUUUCAAUGAACACUUUGACAAUGAGGCUUUAGUGGAUGUUUCUCUGUUCUGUGAAGGCCGUUUGAUUAGAGCACAUAAACUCAUUUUGUCAGCGUGCAGUGAGUAUUUCCAGAAACUCUUUCAGGUGCAUAAAGAAGUACCACAUCCCGUGAUAUUCUUAAAUACGGGCCGAUUUACUGUCCUCAGGCAAAUCGUACAUUUUAUGUAUCAUGGAGAAGUCAGGGUAGCCGACAAAGAUUUACCCGAUGUUCUAGCUUUAGGUGAAUCCUUGCGGGUUAAAGGUUUAUCUUCUGUUAAGCUGCGUGAUAUGCCGGUAGAAGAAGCCAAAGCAAGUAACUCACUGCUAAAAGCCCGCAAAAUAGCGGAUAAACCUGUCCAAAAUACGAAUAUUAAAAGGCAAGAUGUACCAAACAAAUCGAUAUUGAGUGACGAGCCCAAAUUUGUUCCAAUGGCACCAGCCGUUACCUAUAGUAGACGGAAGAGUCCGAAAUUAACAAAACCGGUGGAAACACUUCCUGUUAUAUCGUCGGUCGUAUCUUUAGCUUCACCAAUCCCAAUUGUAGCCGGUGGGAGCUCACUUGUUAAACGAGAUAUUGCAAAUAAUGAAACACCCAAGUCAAGUACCAUCAAUGAAGAAGCGAAUAUUUCAGUUUCAAAACCGCCCCACGCUUUUAUGAUUUUUGCAAAGGAAUGGAGAAAAAAGUUGACCGUUGAGCAUCCAGAAGAGAACAAUAAAGAAAUCUCCGUGCGAUUGGGCGUUAUGUGGAAAAGUCUGUUGCCAGAAACAAAGAACAUCUACUACCGAGAAGCGAAAAGAGCGGAAGAUGAACACAAAUCAAAAUAUCCGAACUAUGAUAGUGCAUCUGGGAAGCUGAAGAGGAAAGCAGAUGUCCUGAGCGACAGUACAAAUAAUACAGAUGUAGGUUCUCUUGAUCGUCGAAAAAUUACCGAUAAUCAAGAAGAGAUAAAUAUUAGCGACAGUGAUUAAUAUAGCCGGAAAUCUAAAGCUUUUUCUGAUCAUUGAAGCUAAUUGUGUAAACUGUAAUAUUCAUUUUUGUGCCGAGUUUUUUUUGAAAAUUGUAACCAUCAACGGGAAUAAUUACAUUGCUGUAUGAAUA